AUGCCGCCCAAACAGCCUCAAACAUCGCUGUUUCAAGUUUAUUUACGGUUACGGCCCCCGAUGUCCCAAAACGCCAACCAAUCGGACCGUUUUUUGAAUGUUGAACCGCCAGAGGCUUCGCAGGGGGAAACCGAUAUCGUCUCGCCUGGAUCAACACAUAUUACUCUUCAACCAUCAAAUGAUACGAGAAAGCGUGCUGUCGAGAGGUUUGGUUUCACCAAGGUCUUCGAGGAGGGUGCCUCGCAACUGGAUGUCUUCCAUGACACUGGGAUGGAGCCCAUCAUACGCGGAGUGCUGAAGGAGAACCGAGAUGGGCUAGUCGCUACUCUGGGAGUCACAGGAAGUGGAAAGAUUGGUCAUACACAGAGCCACACUAUUCUAGGGUCUAAGACCGAACGAGGAAUGACGCAAAUGGCACUUGACGUUAUCUUCCGCUCCCUAGAGUCAACAACCAAAACCGAUGACGGUAGCAUUACCCCCGUAAUGCUUGCCUCGCUGGCUGCGGCGGACGCUUCUGAAGCCCAAUUGUUCUCCGCUAAGACAUUUUUGGACGCCGUGUAUGGUGAGCCAACUGGACGUGCGUCGAGAGCGCAAACCCCCAUGAGCCCGUCUCGUGCCAAUACCCCUUUGAUGGUACGAAGCCCCUUUACCCUGAACUCCCCCCAAGGAUCCCCGACCCCGCGACCGCGCACCCCUGGAUCGUCUCUCCCAAGGCCAAUGUCUAAACCCGGAAGCCCCCGUAAGGUUGAUUGGUCUUCUGGCACCAGUCCCAAUGACGCUUCUCGAUCUGGCUUUGGCCAGGCCUCAAUUGAGUCCCCUGGAUGGACCAUCCCGGGGUUUUCGCAUCCUAUGCCCUAUACCCACUCCAAUCCGUUAGAGCCCAAGUCAGCUAAAUCUCGACUCUAUGUCUUUAAGGAACCUACCCCUGCCUUGCACUUCCCCCGCCGUCACAUACGUGAACGACCAUGCGCCCUUCCUAGGCUGCCCGAUAUGGGCCACCUUACCGUGGACAUAGAUUCAAAUGCCGACUAUGUCGUUUUGGUGUCAAUGUAUGAGGUAUACAAUGACCGGAUUUUCGAUCUUCUUUCUCCCUCUGUUGGCCCCUCAGGUCCAGGCACAAUGUCCCGCGGGAAUAACCAAAAGGAUCGACGACGUCCUUUGCUCUUUAAGCCUACCGAGGGCUCACCAGAUCGGAAAUUGGUUGCGGGACUACGCAAAAUUGCCUGUAGUAGCUACGAGGAAGCCCUGGCAGUUUUGGAUGUUGGCUUGACCGAACGUAAGGUUACUGGCACUGGAAUGAAUAGCGUUAGCUCUCGAAGUCAUGGCUUUUUUUCCCUGGAAGUCAAGAGGCGCACGUACUCUAAGCGGACUGGUGAACACAACUGGGCUGGGAACACCCUGACUGUUGUAGAUCUUGCUGGCUCCGAGCGCGCGAGAACGGCAAAGACAGCCGGUGCCACACUCGCUGAGGCGGGCAAAAUCAACGAAAGCCUGAUGUAUCUCGGCCAAUGCCUACAGAUGCAAAGCAACAUACAGGACGGAUUGAAGACUGCUCUUGUUCCUUACCGGCAGUGCAAAUUGACCGAGCUCCUAUUUUCAAAUUCAUUCCCAACGUCUCAUCAAAUGUCCAGAGGCCAAUAUCCCCAGAAGGCUAUCAUGAUCGUUACUGCUGACCCUCUCGGUGAUUUCAAUGCCACCUCCCAAAUUUUGCGUUACUCCGCAUUAGCCCGUGAGGUAACCGUUCCUAGAGCACCCUCGGUUUGUGAAUCUAUUUCGUCCGUCGCUUCUAGCAGUCACCGCUCAGCGAGUGUCUGUACUUCGCCGAAUUUUGAUUCAACCCAAGAGCUCGAGAGAGCUGCUGCUGAGAUUACACGCCUCACGCGCGAUUGCCACAGCCUUGCUGUCAGGCUAGCUGAAGAAGAGAUUGCACGGUCUGAUGUUGAAAUGAGACUGAGAGCUGCGGAAGAAAGAUGUCUCACGAUCGAGCAAGAUGUGCGAGAAGAAUGCUGGGCGGAGAUGGAUGAGAAAUCGGAAGAGGAAAGGCGACGCUGGCAGACGGCAUGGGAUGAGCAAAUCGGUCGUAAUGAUGAGCACAUUGAUAAGAAGGUUGAGCUUGUAUCCCGGGGAUUCCAAAUCUUUGAAGAUUCGGGGUCGAACGAACGAGUGGAAGAGCUUGAGCAAGAAAAUGACGAGCUUCGCCGCAAACUCGCCGCUCUUGAGCGUGAGAUGCACAACCAAUCCCCGACAAGAAAGCAAAAACUAAAGAAUACCACUCCCGCGCGGUCCAAUCUUCUCACCCGCGGGAGCGAUGUUGAGAAUGCGCUGCAACGCGUGGAUCAACUAAAGCUCGCAGAUGCUAUGUUUACUCCUCCAUCCCCCGGAGCCUCGCCUAUCAAGAGAAUGAGAAAGAUGGGGACCCGGAAAUGGGAUCUCGCCCCAGAGGACCAGAUCUAA